GCCCUAAAUUGAUAAACCUCCCCAUCACCUUCAUGGAGGACGACGCCCGCAACGUCCACUUUCCGCACCACGACCCGUUGGUCAUAGAUGCUCAAAUCGCCAACAAGUUGGUGUCCCGCGUGUUGGUGGAUGACGGAAAUUCCGUCAACCUGUUGUUCAAGCCCGCCUUCAUAGCCAUUGGCUUGAUGGAGGCAGAUCUGGCAUCCUGCCCGACCCAAAUUUACGGCUUCAACGGAGACGCGCUUCUCCCCAUGGGGAAGAUCCAGUUGCCGGUUACGCUGGGGGGUGAAUUGCAGCACUCGUUCAAGUUCUGUACCUUUGUAGUGGUGGACUGCCCCACCGCUUACAACGUCAUUUUUGGGCGGCCCGCACUGGUCGAGUUCGGGGCUAUCACCUCCAUCCGCCAUCUUUGCAUGAAGUUCCCAUGCGACAACGGAGGGGUAGGGACCGUCCGGGGAGACCAAAAGAGCGCCCGGAAGUGCUACCAUGUCUCCGCCCGGCCCAUAUACAUGGUCCGAGAGGAGCUCGUUGAACCAGCUCCCCUCCCUCCUGCUGAGAGGAUGGUCCAGGAAGAGGACGAUCUGGACCCGCGGAUAGGGGACGAUCGUGUCCUGGAGCCAAUGGACGAAAUAGAAGAGGUGUGCAUCAGCGAAACCGAUCCGACCAGGAUCAUCCAAGUAGGAAAGAGCCUGUCGGCAGACAUUCGGGCCGCCGUCAUCGCCCAAGUCAAGGGAAACCAAGACCUUCUAGCCUGGUCCCACUCCGACAUGACCGGGAUCGACCGCAAUAUCAUUUGCCACAUGUUAAGUAUUGACCCAAACGCGACCCCGGUCCGCCAGAAGCGCAGGCCCUUGGGGACAGAGAGGGCCGAGGCCCUUAAACUGGAGGUUGAGAAGCUGACUUCUAUCAACUUCAUACGCGAGGCUGUGUACCCCGUGUGGCUGGCCAAUCCCGUCCUGGUGCCGAAACCGAACGGAAGCUGGAGAACGUGCAUUGACUUCACGGACCUCAACAAAGCCUGUCCGAAGGACUGUUUCCCACUACCCCGGAUCGACCAAAUGGUGGACAACAUGUCUGGAUACGAGAUCUUGAGCUUCAUGGACGCUUACUCCGGCUACAAUCAGAUAUCUAUGCACGUGGCUGAUCAGGAACAUACCAGUUUCCAAACCGACAAGGGCAUCUACUGCUACAUAGUCAUGCCUUUCGGACUCAAGAAUGCCGGAGCAACUUACCAAAGGCUCGUCAAUCGAAUGUUUCGGGCCCAGCUAGGGCGAAACAUGGAGGUAUACAUCGAUGAUAUGCUGGUCAAGUCUAAGACAUCCCGGAACCAUUCGGACGACUUGGCGGAGGCUUUCGCGGUUAUCCGGAAGUUCGGGAUGAAGCUGAACCCAAAGAAGUGCACUUUCGGCGUGGCUUCCGGGAAGUUCCUGGGCUUCAUAGUGAGUUUCUGGGGAAUAGAAGCCAAUCCAGACAAGAUCAAGGCACUGAUCGACAUGGCCUCUCCCCGGAGGCACAAGGACGUGCAAAGCCUGACGGGGCAAGUAGCCGCCCUGAGCUGUUUCGUUUCUAAAGCCACGGACAAGUGCGUCCCUUUCUUCAACGUCCUUCGGGGAAGCCAGCGUUUCGAGUGGUCGCCCGAGUACGAAGAGGCCUUUCAAAAGUUGAAAGAACACCUGGCCAAAGCCCCAAUCCUGGCGAAACCGGUAGAGGGGGAGCCCCUGUAUCUAUACCUGGCCAUGACCAAGCACGCGAUCAGCGCCGCGUUGGUACGAGAGGAAGAAAGGACACAACUCCCGGUAUACUAUGUGAGCAAGCAGUUACUAGACGCAGAAUCUCGAUACCCAUUGAUCGAAAAGUUGACUUUCUGCCUACUGAUGGCGUCCCGGAAGCUUCGACCUUACUUCCAGGCCCACGCCAUAAAGGUCUUAACCAACCAUCCCCUACGACAGGUGUUACAGAAGCCCGAGUCGUCGGGAAGACUCCUGAAGUGGGCCAUGGAGCUGAGCCAGUUCGAUAUAUCUUACGUGCCCAGGGUGUCCAUCAAAGGACAGGCUCUGGCCGAUUUCAUCGUCGAAUGUUCUGGGAUUUCUCCGGAAGACAAUAUUCCCGCAGCCCCCGCGACACCCUUGUGGAAAAUCUUCGUGGACGGAGCCUCGAACGAGAAUGGGGCCGGGGCCGGGAUCAUCUUGGUGUCUCCGCAGGGGCACCAGCUGCAAAAUGCCCUCCGUUUCCUGUAUAAAGCGUCAAACAACGAAGUGGAGCAUGAAGUUGUCCUAGCUGGCCUUCGUUUGGCCCGGGAGGUAGGGGCAGCGAACCUGGAAAUUUACAGCAAUUCCCAGCUAGUCGUCAGACAAAUCUCAGGGGAAUAUCAGACCAAGGGAGAGAAAAUGGCGGCAUACGUGACUCAAACGAGGGAAAUGCUCCAGACAUUUGCAGCGCAUUCCAUCUGCCAGAUCCCCCGGGAGCAGAAUGUCUUCGCAGAUACACUAGCGAAGCUGGCCACUGACGCAGAGGCCGAGCUGGCCGGACUGGUUCUCGUCAACCAUCUCCCCGUCCCGAGCAUCAGGGCCCCCGCCGUCCACACCGUCGACCACUCCGCUUCCUGGAUGAGACCGCUGAUCCGCUACCUGUCCACCGGGGAAGUUCCAAACGACCGGGCCGCAGCCAGGAAACUCCUGUACCAGGCCCACCGGUACGUCAUGAUGGACGAAAAACUCUACCGCCGGGGGCUAUCCAUGCCUUACCUCAGGUGCGUGUACGGGACUGAGCUGAGCGCCAUCAUGCAUGAGGUGCAUGAAGGUUUUUGCGAAGAUCACACUGCUGGGCCCAGUCUGUCCAAGAAGAUCCUGUGCCAAGGAUACUUCUGGCCAACCAUGAAGAAAGACUGUAUCGACUACGUCCACAAGUGCGAACAGUGCCAAAGGUACACGAAGGUCCCACGGGCCCCCCCGACAGAGAUAACCUUGAUGAAUAGCCCCUGGCCCUUCGCAGUAUGGGGGAUCGAUCUUGUUGGAUCCCUCCUGACCGGGAAAGGAGGGGUAAAGUAUGCCAUUGUGGCUGUGAACUAUUACACAAAAUGGGUUGAGGCAGAGCCCAUGACCACAAUCACCUCCAAAAAGGCCUUAGAUUUCGUCAUCAACAACAUAGUGUGUCGGUAUGGCCUCCCCUACAAAAUCGUGUCCGACAACGGGAAGCAGUUCGACAGCGCCCACUUCACGGAUUUUUGUGAAAGGCACGGUAUAGUGAAGAGCUUCUCCGCGGUUGCCAGACCUCAGGCAAACGGGCAGGCAGAAGCCGUGAACAAAAUCCUAAAGGGGACACUGAAGAAAAAGCUCCAGGCCUGUAAGAGCAAAUGGCCCGAGGAACUCCCCCGAGUACUGUGGGCCUACCGGACGACCGAGAGGACGUCAACCAGACACACCCCCUACUCUAUGGUCUAUGGAUGCGAAGCCGUCAUCCCAAUCGAAACGACCGUCCCGUCCCAUCGAUGCGACACGUAUGAUCCCGCCUAGAACCACGCCUUACUCCAGGAAUCGCUAGAUCUCAUCGAAGAGAUCUAGGAAGAGUCGCAAGUGCAGCUGAAGAUGUACCAGGGCAAAAUCGUGCAGCACUUCAACUCCAGAGUCAAGAGCCGUAAGUUUGGAACCGGCGACCUAGUCCUGUGAAGAGUCUUCCCUGCUACUCAAGAUCCGGGAGUGGGGGCUCUGGGCCCUAAUUGGGAGGGGCCAUAUGAGAUCCAACACGAGGUAUGCCCCGGAACAUAUCGCUUGAAGCGGCUCGAUGGCUCGGAAGUCCCGCGAGCCUGGAAUGUGGAGCAUCUCCGAAAAUACUAUCAAUAGUCCGGGAGUUUUUCCCAGUUUAAUAUUUUUGUUGUAAACAAUGUACGCCUCAGGGCGAAUGUCUUUUUAAACAAUGGAAAUGACGUGUGCAAAACGUCAUAAAGGGCUAUUGUCAAAACUAUGCUAAAUCUUUCUCAAGUGACCCCAGACCUGUCUCCGCUCACUUGCGGGGGGUACCAUCCCAGGUAUAAGCAAACACCUGGCGAGGCGCAAGCUUAGGCUAGUCCCGGCUCGGACUACAGUCCGGGAGACGUGAGCCCAAGGCCGGUCCCACCCCAGACGAACGACAACCGGGGGUAUAAAAGAGGACCACGCCCGAGGCUGGUCCCGCCAGGACUAACGACGUCCGGGGGUAUAAAAGAGGACCACACCCGAGGCUGGUCUCGCCCCGGACGAACGACGUCCGGGGGUAUAAAAUAAAGAGGACCGAGCCCAAGGCCGGUCCCACCCCGGACGAACGACGUCCGGGGGUAUAAAAGAGGACCACGCCCGAGGUUGGUCCUGCCCCGGACGAACGAUGUCCGGGGAUAUAAAACAAAGAGGACCGAGCCCAAGGCCGAUCCCACCCCGGACGAACGACGUACGGGGGUAUAAAAGAGGACCACGCCCGAGGCUGGUCCCGCCCCGGACGAACGACGUCUGGGGGUAUAAAACAAAGAGGACUGAGCCCAAGGCCGGUCCUACCCCGGACGAACAACGUCCGGGGGUAUAAAAGAGGACCACGCCCGAGGCUGGUCCCGCCCCGGACGAACGACGUCCGGGGGUAUAAAACAAAGAGGACCGAGCCCAAGGCCGGUCCCACCCCGGACGAACGACGUCCGGGGGUAUAAAAGAGGACCACGCCCGAGGCUGGUCCCGCCCCGGACGAACGACGUCCGAGGGUAUAAAAUAAAGAGGACCGAGUCAAAGGCCGGUCCCACCCCAGACGAACGACGUCCAGGGAUAUAAAAGAGGACCACGCCCGAGGCUGGUCCCACCCUGGACGAACGACGUCCGGGGGUAUAAAACAAAGAGGACCGAGCCCAAGGCCGGUCCCACCCCGGACGAACAAUGUCCGGGGAUAUAAAAGAGGACCACGCCCGAGGCUGGUCCCACCCGGACGAAUGACGUCCGAGAGUAUAAAAUAAAGAGGACCACGCCCAAGGCUGGUCCCGCGCCCGGAAGAACGAUGUCCGGGGGUAUAAAAGAGGACCGAGCCCAAGGCCGGUCCCACCCCGGACGAACGACGUCCGGGGUUAUAAAGCAGAGGACUGGGCCCCAAAAGCCGAUCCCGCCCCGGACGAACGAUGUCUGGGGGUAUCAUGUAAAGAAGGACCGGGACCAAGGUCGGUCCCACCCUAGACAAGUGAUGUCCGGGGAAGUAAAAUAAAGAGGACGGGGCUCAAGGCUCGUCCGAUCCGGAAAAUUGACGUCCGGGAUAUAAAAGCAUCCGGUUCGUCCCAGGGCAAAGCCAGGGCCUAAAACUGAUAAAAGGAGAACAUAACUCCAAGUUAAACCAAGCCCCGAGGGCCCUGGACUGGGUGCCAGGAUUAGAAACUUGGAAAGUUAGGUCGUUGGGUCUAGUCCAGACCGUUGGAACCGGGACUAAACCCUUGCAAUCAGUUAAUAGCGGCAACAAAAUGAAAUUUCUACGUGGAACAAUGGAAGGGAGCCUUCGUAAAAAUCCAAAGAAGGUAAUAGUGUUUUAAAUUUAAUUACAAGCCAAAAAACACUAAUAAAAGUACAAGGCCCGGAGGUCCGCAUCCUCCCUCUCCUUGGCCUUGUAUUCGGCCCGCUUUGACUCAGGAUCAGGGAAGACAAGAAGAUUCAUACUCUUAUCCUUGCACCAGGCCAUGUAGAUGGCCUCGUCAAAGGUGACAUCCAACAGGCCCUCGGCCUCCUCCUUUUUGUGACGGGUCAUUUCGUGCGCCGCCUUCUCCUGAAGCAGAGAAUCGCCCAGUUCGCAGACUCGGGCUUUCAAGGCCAGGAUCUCUUCCUUAUCCAGGGCAGACUGUGCCGCGGCCGUCUCCAAGAGCGUCGCCCGUUCAUCAGCAUCCUUUGUCUUCCGGGAUAACUCCUCUUCCAAUCAGGCCUUGGCGCGGCCGAGCUCCUCGCGCUCCGCCUUCACACGGGCCACCUCUGCCUGGAUGCGGGCCGUCUCCCGGCCAAGAGCCUCCUUGGUAGCCUCCCUCUGAUUCACGGCCGCCUCAACCUCCAGCUUGGCCGUCUCCAUCUUUAUGGCAAGCUCGGCCACCAGAUCGGCACUCCUUUGGGACAACAAAUCAACCUGGAGCAAAGAAAAGUUAGAAAACGAAACCAUCAUCAACAAAUGAGGGAAGGAGUAUAAGAGAAGUAAAAUUUACCGCAGUGGCCUGGUGGCAGAGAGCCUAGGAGAUGAACAGUACGUCCGGGUUGGCUAUCGUGGCGUACCUCUUUAGCUGAAGGUUGGACAUGGUGCUCCCAACCUGGUCCAGCAGAUCAGCCGCCAGGGGGGCUGUGUCCUGGCCGAGUUUAGGGCGGAAGCCCGCUUCGGCGACUAGCCGGUCCACAAUCGGUUGGGGAGCGCUGAACUCGGCAGGACGAUCCGAGAAUUCAACCUGGCGACGGAUCGUCAGGGCCUUGUAAGUGUCGUCCUUCCAGCACCGGCCGUUUUCCCAAGUACGGUUGAUCAGCCGGGACUGCUCAUCCUGCAGGGCUGACUCCCCCUCCUCGAGAAGAGUCGGGCGUAGGGGAAGAACUGGCGGUGCGGGGAUUUCCUUCGCGGUCAGCCGAUUCUCCCCAUGUGACUCUUCAGUCGAGCCGGCCCGCAUCGUCCGGGGCCUCUUCCCGGUGUUGCCUUCUCCGACGUCAGCAUCCGGGCCCCUCUUCCCGGAGCUCCGGCUGACAGUCGCGCCCGCCUCCAAAUCAAUCAUGGGGGGAGGGUCGGAGGCGAAGUUUGCAGCAGGCUCCACGCCCUAGAAGGGGACCACGGCCAGAGCUCCUUCGCCUGGACGGAGUUUUGUCCCGGAUAGUUCCCCGGUAAGGUAGGGCUCCGGGCCCGUCACCUCGUUUCUCUUCCUAGCCGCCUUCUUGGCCGCCCUGUCCUUGAUGAGCCGCCUCAUUUCGCUGGCCGGGUUUGACAUGUCGGAGUCCUCUGUAAAAGUACAGAAAAAGGAGUUAGGACGAUAAACCAAACAGGAAAACACACAAAUCAAAGUUAGAAAUGACCCGGGACGAACCCUCGUCUAGGCCCCGGGCGAGACUCAAUUCCCUUAAAGCAAAUGAAUGGACCCGAUCCCCUAUGUCGUCCGGGUUCAAGAAGCCCCCGUACUGGAGGAACCCGGAUAAGAACAUGAAGACCUCUGAGCCUACAGGGACGGGAACUGAAGGCCUUAUCUCCCCAUCGGCCCCAAACGCGGGCCCGGGGGUACUAGCCUAUCCCUAGCUAAGUCCCCGACUCGGGGAGCAUACGUUAAGAUUAAAGGGGAGUUACCUCGCCCCGAUACGCUAGGCCCGGGAGUCCCGGCGUUUGGUAGGGCAUCUUCGAAGAGCUCCUCCAGCUCUUCUGAGGUGGCCGCUUCCGCCGGGGCCUGGCCCUUCUUGCGCUGGGCCGCGUCAGCCCGCGCCGCUCUUACCACAGUGGCAAUGUGGUCCAGGGCCAAUUGUUCCCGGACGUCGACGUUCUUCUCGCAGGGGAUGCCCCGAAGGUUCGGGAUAACAGUGGUAUGGGUGGCCGCGAGCAUCCCAACUAGUCGGAGAUUGUCAUCCAUGACGUAGCCCCCUACGUCCAGAUCCUCCGCGGUCAACUUAGAAUAAAAUCUCCUCCUUUCCAGAAUGAACCCGGUAAGGGGAGUUUGAGCAAAGGGCCCUGCCACCCGGAAGAUAUGAUAAGAGACGAGUAGAAAAGAUGGAUAAAAGAAAGGUCCAGGGAAAUACUUACCCACUCGCUGGAAGUCCAGCAACAGUGUGGGGUUCUUGUCCACGAGGAACCCGGACGUCAUGAACCAGUAAUGCCUGACGUCCGGGGGAUGCCUCCAGGAGCUGGUAGGAGCGGGAUAACUGCUCCGCGGCUUCAGCCUAUAAAAGCCAUCCAGGGUCUUGUCCUUGACGUUAACCUGCGGCUCCAGCUUGUAGAAGUACAAGACCUCCGCAGGGGUGGGCUUCGCAAUCUCCUUCACGGCGCAAAACACCCGCCAUCCAGCGAGUAGAAGGUAUGCUUGGGGCAGAAGCUGGAACGGUGCGAUUCCCACAUACGUCAGGAACCGCAGGAAACGGUGCGCUGAUAUGGCCAGCACUCCAGGCUCCGAAUCCUUCCACGGACGUAUGCGCUCGCUCCUCGAGCCUGGCCAGGCGGUUGUGAAAGAGGCCCGGAGUUGAUUCGAUGCCCAGACACUGCUCCAGGAGCAGCAUCAUUCGGUAGUUCCGGAACGAGUUGGCAGUCACGUCCAUUUCCCACCUGUUGCCCUUAGGCGUCUGGUACUGGGAACGAUGACAGGGGCCCUAUUGACCUCUUCUUCAGAAUGGAGCGUAACUCUCGUUGCCAUAACUGACGACCUGGGAACAAAGAAAGAAAAACCAAGCAGUCAGUACCUAAACCCAAGAAAGUCGGUCAAGGUACGGGGAGUCUCCUAAGGACUGCUUGGAGUCCCGUCGGAUCAGGUCCGGGACUCCGGAGAGCCCCGAGACCCUGAUCGGGAGAGGAGACUACUAAGGCCCGCCCCUUGUCCGGGAGGCAUCCGGAUACAGAGCAACCCGAACCAGGUAGCCUUCCUAGCAAUUUCUAAAGCAUAGAGCCUAAACGCACGCAUCAAAAGAACAUCACAGGUUCAUAAAGUCGUCAAGAGAGUUAGGAGAACUUACUGUGAGGUGUCGACCGUAGAAGGUGAUGGUUGUCCGACUGUAAGGACGGCAGAACCUCGUUCUUGAAGUGGCGCAGCCGGUACAGUAGUUCGUCGACAGGACAAACCCGAGAUGCGUCGUCAGGUAGAAGAGCAGAAGUUGGGGUUCUGGGGAACAGGUGGCGGUGCAGAGCUAGCAGAUGGCGGUGUAUGUCGUCGGCGAUGUCGGACAUGCAAAGCUCGAGUAGUGUUUGCGUUUUCUUAAGCUGGUUCGAAGAGGUAAAAGUGCCAAAUGUGGUUUUCGUGGGGUAUUUAUAGUGACCUUAAGCCCUGGCCCACGAUCCAACGAACGGGUGUCUCCUCAUCGGACGAUCAGGAAUCGCGCAGGGACAUUUAUGAGUCCUUUCAGGUUGGAUCCUCGCUGUCUUAGAUCUGACGGCCCAAGAGUGACGGAUGCCAAAGGUCACCCCAUCCUACGGUCCACCUCGUCCCAGGGGCAUUAAUGAUGGCCCCCGUGCGAAUGGGAUGCUUCGAGACGUGCGCUGACACCCUAGCCUAGGCCUAGCGACCCUUGGGAGGGCUAGGCGACCUUUCGAGACCCGUGCAGCAAUCACCUGGUGUCACGUGUAUCCUUGCCGUAAAGCGGGACAAAGGUAAAUGCCCCCGGAUCGUGGUAAACGAUCCGGGCCAAGCAUCCAACCAAUGCCGCGGCCCUCUGUCCUGAACCUACGAAUUCGGGCAGGAACUGGGGAGGCAACCAAGCGAGCAUCGUGGGGACGAUGCAACCCUCCUCCUGGCAGACCUAGGCGAAGGCUUGGGGGGUAAAUGUUAUCCCCAUUUCCUGCAUGGGCUCAGAGUCCUCGUCCAAGCCCAUUUUCAGGGGCCACGUAAGCAUGCGGGCCCGGCCCAAGGCCUCUUGGUACGGAGUGUCCAAGGGGAAGGGUAUGGACCGGAGAUGCAUGUCGGGGCCCAUUGGAGGGGUCUGGAAUGUCCCUCUGGGUCCGUCCUCCGCGACGAUAGUCCGGGUGGUGCACAGAGCGUUCGGACCCUCGAGGCCUACACGUCCAGGUCCCAAACCCUGAUACGGUCCGGGCCUGUGGUAAACGAAGCGGGACAAAGGUAAACGGACCCGGAUCACCUCACCCCCGGUUGAAGGGGCCAAGCGUCCAGGACCCUGAAGCCGCCUCAUUCCACGUGGGCGUUGUCCCCACUUUUCACCUGCAGAAAAGGUCACCUCGGGAUUGCACGCCGAUGUGUCAGGCCUGCGCAGCCAAGUACUCUGACUGGUCUUGUCUCCUGAAUCUGCCUCGUGACUCGAAGUGGCCAGACCAAAAGCGUCGUUUUGUCGGGCGAGAUGUAGCCCUAAGGUCAACCUGUUGGGCCUUGGCUGGCUUGGAAUUUAUGUAUUUUGUCCCUUUUGUAUUAGGCCUCCACUAGAGAGGCCACAUAUAUUCAUUUCUCCGAUGGGCCUGGGUCGGACUCGGCCCAGACCCAGUGUUCCCCUAAGCCUAUAAAUAUAAGCUACAGAACACUGUAAAAGGGGUCUCCUUUCACCAAAAAGAUAGUAACCCUGUCAAAGUAUAGAGAGAAAACUCCAUUGUAAAAGGUUCUUCAAGCUCUAAUAAUAUAGACUCGUGGACUAAGGCUAGUUAACGCCCCAACUACGUAAAAACCCCGUGUUAAUCUUCUGCUUUCAUUAUAAUUAUCAGUAAAUAUUCGUUAUUAAUAGAGUUGCCGAAAAUCUCGGUUAACAAUUACCUAUGUACCUGAGAAUCUUGGCAGUGGUUCUAGGAGUGGGACCGAUAAGAACAAUUGAAAUCUCAAGGAGCAGGUGGUCAUGGUUGCUUGAUGCAGGCCAUGAAAUGAAUGAAUGCUGGAUUUUGGAUUGGACUUUGUUUUCUAUCUAUUCUUUUGAAAUUUGAACUUGAUUUGUGUUGUUGUAGUCGAUUAGACUUAGAUUUAAUUUGUGUUGUAAUGGACUAUGGACUAUGGACUUUGGACUUUAAGUUUAAACUUUAAUCAUGUGUUGAGAUUUGUGGUUGUAGUCUUUUGGUUUUAACUUUUAAUUGGGUUGUGUCUUGGAUUGAACUAAUAGAUAUUGGAGUAUUAGACUUUUGAUGA